ACCCCUGAAAAAAAGGGACAAAGCCGAAAGACAAAAAGAAAUGUGGAUAUGUAAUAAAUGCAGACGAGACACAGCUCCAUAAAUCAGUGUUUUCUCCCGCCUGACACUUCAGUGAUCAUUGUUACUAGACUAUCAUUAGAUGCUGCCCUCAGGCCACGAUAUCAACGCGUCAGUGUCGUCAUCUGCUGCCAUCAAAUAAACCAACAACAGUGUUAUAUUUUAACAAUAACACUUUCUAUACAUGCCUCUACGGUGAAAUAAACUUUGGAAUUUUGUCCUGACUUUUGUCAGACUUUCAUUCCAUAUAUUCAAGGAUUAAUUUCCUGAACAGCAUGCCAUAAUAAAAUAUAAAUUAAAUAUAUCUUGAUGGUAGCAAUCAUCAUCAGAACAUAAAUAUGCUUAAAUACAUAUCAGAUCAAUAGACAAAAAAUCUAUUAUUUCAAUCACUUUCAUAAUAAAUAACUCAAAGACAGACAGCCUAAUUACAGUGUAAUCAUUUAGUUACAUAGUCUCUUUGAUUGACAGCUCACCUACAGUCUGCAGCUCUGAAGUGGAGAUAAACAUUUAUCAACCUUAACGGGGGGUUUUCUGUCUCUCCACGAAAUACUGUAUGUAAUUGGGAAUAAAAUGUCAAAUGAACGUGAGGCUGAAUUUUUACUUUGUUGGGGUUUUGAAGAUAAUACUGUGGUAAACUUUGAAGAGACAUUAAAGAAAGGCCUGUUGUGUACUGUACGUAUGGAGUCACCUUGCUGUUCUUGUUCUGACAGGAGCGCUCCAACAUAAUUAACAGGUGGUCUCCUUUGCAGCUUUGCACACACAGUGCUGUGUACCAACACAUGCAGGUGGCUGCUGGGACGGCAGCCUGUCACACAUGAAGAUGCUCUGGAUCACUCUUCUGACUCUUCUGGUUCCGGACCAGGAUUUUGCGUUGGCUUUGCCUUUCAGGGUUCCAGAUCUGGCUACUGUAUCAAACGCUGGGCCAUGGGCAGAAGAGCAGGUGUUUUCAGAGGAGUAUCUGCAGCACUUCUUCAGUCACCAUCCUGAAGCAGGAGAGAGACAGAAGAGAAGUGCAGGCGACGAUUGGACGACCGGUCUUUGUGACAAGCUAAAGAAAAUGCAGCACUUCUUCGGACUGCCACCAAGUGGAGAGUUGACACAAGAGACUCUGGCAGUCAUGAGAAAGCCGCGUUGCGGUCUGUCUGAUGUUGAACAUUUUGAAGGAACAACUCGGUGGAAAAAAAAGACCCUGAGCUACAGAAUCGUCCGAUCCAACCUUCCCUUCUCCGCAGCCAAGGUUUACAAGGUCUUCAAGUCUGCGUGGCAACUGUGGUCCAACGUUAUCCCAGUUAGAUUUCACAAGAGGAACAGGAAGGAGGCCGACAUUAUCAUCUCUUUUCAUCAGACAGAUCAUAAAGAUGGCACACCGUUUGAUGGUAAAGGAGGGAUCCUGGCUCAUGCCUUCUUUCCCGGCCCUGGUAUUGGUGGAGACGUGCACUUUGAUGCUGAAGAAGACUGGAGCAUUAAUUCAACUGGUUUCAGCCUGUUCGCUGUGGCAGCCCACGAGUUUGGCCAUGCACUUGGUCUAGCCCACUCCUCUGACCUAGGGGCUGUCAUGUACCCCGCGUACAACUUUUCCCCGAACUAUGAGUUGAGGCUUUCCUUGAGUGACGUCAAGCAUAUCCAGCGUCUGUACGGUAUAUGUCCUGAUUUUGAUCCUCCUCCAAGAACACCUGACAAAUGUCACUCCGAUUUGUCCUUUGAUGCUGUGACAGAGUUACAACAGGAGGUGCUGUACUUCAAAGACAGAUUCAUGUGGCGCAAACAUCCUCAGUUUGAUGAAAUAGGGAUGACUAUGAUCAGCAGUCUUUGGUCAGACAGCGUCCCUGCAUCGUUGGAUGCAGUCUAUCAGAACGUGGAAAAAAAUCUCAUGGUGUUUUUUAAAGGUCACCAGUACUGGGUUGUGAGAGGGCAUGACCUGGAGAAAGGUUUUCCCAGAAACAUUUCAGACUUUGGCUUCCCUUCCAGAGUAAAAUCGGUUGAUGCUGCGCUCCAUUUCAGAGACAAACGCUACACUGUGUUCUUUACUGGCCAAGAGUGUUGGAAGUACGACGAGCAGCACAGGGCGAUGCACAAUUCACCGUCACUCUUGGAACGGCAGUGGCCUGGUGUCGAAGCUCCCAUCGAUGCUGCGGUCUUCUACGAUGGGUUCGUUCACUUCUUCAAGGGAAACCUCCACUUCCAAUUUGACAACAACUCCAAGAGCCUCGUCUCCGUCAGUACUGUUAACGAGGUGUUGGAGUGCAACAAAAUUCUCACCAAGCGAUGACGGGAGAUUUUUCUCAAGAAACUUGAUGAUGUUUGUAUGAUAUGGCAUUUGUAUGUUCAAUUUUAAUAAACAAAACAAUAAUAAACACUUGUAGUAUGCAG